GGAAAAGGUUUCUAUUUUACUAUUUCGGGGGCUGGUCAUGGUGUCCAGUGAGAAGGUGUGGGACCCCUUCCAUGCGGGCCUUAUUAAGCCUCGUCUAAGUGAACAACACCUGGCUCCUGGGCUACCUCCUCUCUUCAACCCCACACACAGUGCAGCUAAGGACAACACAUUCUACAGAAGUCAGCGGUUGUCAUCCUUGUCUUCCCUGCCACCGUCGUUAGUGGCCCUUCAUCCACUUCGAGCCUCUUCACCAUUACAUCCACGUGUCAAUUUGUACAACUCAAGCAAGAUUGAAGGACAACACAGACCUGUCCACCGUCUUGGUGUGGUCUCUCACGCCAAAGAAAAGGAGGAGGAAGGAGAAGUUGAGCAGUUGGAGAUGAAGGGUAAAAGACUAGGAGGCCGUGCAGAGGCCACAAUGGAGGACAGGCUGGAGGAUAUGGGUGAUGGACCUAAAAAUGCAAAAAUCACCCUUAGCUUUCCAUUAAGUGCAGCCCCCCUCCCAACCUCUCUGACAUCACCUAACCACUGUCAUAGCUCCGCUUCAUCCUCCCCUUCCCCCCACCGACGGCGACAAUCCUCCAAGAAUUCAGACAAGGGUUCGCUUUGGAAACUGGAUGCCACUAUGGAUGUAAAGCAUAGACCUUUUAAGCCCCCCAGACAUGACAGCUCUCCGUCCUCUUCACCUUCCUCCUCCUCAUCUCCUAUGACUGCUCAUGCACUUAUUAGGAAGGAUAUAAAAUCCCCACCUCCACUGAAGUGCUCCAAACUCAAUUCAGAGACUCAGUUUCACAGGUCUCCCCCGAGAUCCUCUAGUGGGUCUUUGGGGGGCUGUUAUGGUGGAGAUGGAUGGGAUGAGAGGCAUAGGGUGGCCAAUGGUACAGCCUCACCCUCUCAGACUGCCCAGAUCCUCUUCAGUCUGGGUGCAUCAGCCUAUCAGAGAGGUGGGGAUGCAGAGAGGAGGGAGAAAAUAACAGGAAGACCAGCUGGGAAAGCGGGAAGCCCUCAUGGACCAAGUCUUCACCCACCCACCCUUCAUCUUCCUCCCCCCUUACCACCACCACCUCCUCCCCCUUCUGAGGGCCUUACUGCACCCCCUCACUCAUCAUCCUAUUCCCCUACUGACAACCUGAAGCCCGAGCUGAUUUGCGGGGUGUGCCAUCGGCUUUUUAGCUCAGCUUCCUCUCUGACAGUCCACAUGCGGCUGCAUCGUGGCAGCCGUGCCCUCAGUUGCCGAUAUUGUGGCAAAGUUUUCAUCCACAGCAAGAGACUGCAAUCCCACGAGGCCUCCUGCAGGGUGCCAGGGCUGCCCUCUAACAGCCUGCGCCCUCCUUCUCUCACUGUGCAGCCAAAGGAGGAGCCACUGGAGGAGGGUGAAGUGAGGGUGGAGGGGGGAGUGAUUGUGGGAGAAACAGACAUCGGUAAGGCGCGGCCGGGGAAGAAAGCGCGGAGCCUCCUGGCGCGUAUCCAAGGUGAUGAUGCAGCAGGCGCAGAGCUACUGGCGGGUGAUGAGAACCAUUUUGUGAAGGUGGUAGAUGGCAAUGUCAUUUACUUCUGCUCUGUGUGUGAGCGCUCCUACAUGACUCUAUCCAGCCUGAAGCGUCACUCUAAUGUGCACUCAUGGCGCCGCAAAUAUCCAUGUCAUUAUUGCGACAAGGUCUUUGCCCUGGCUGAGUACCGUACAAAGCAUGAGGUGUGGCACACAGGAGAGCGACGAUACCAGUGCAUCUUUUGUUGGGAUGCCUUUGCCACCUACUACAAUCUCAAAACACACCAGAAGACCAUUCAUGGGAUUAACCCCAGUCUCAUCUCCAGUGAAAAGACAGCUAAUGGAGGAUAUAAGCAGAAAGCUAAUGCCCUCAAGCUCUACCGCCUUCUCCCCAUGCGCUCCCAGAAGAGACCCUACAAGACCUACAGUGACAGUUUGAAUAAUGGCCUGUUGUUGCCACCAACUGAAACAUCUCCCCUCUCCCUGCCUGGCCUGGGCUGUGGUCUGGGCCCUGAGGACCUGCAAAGCCUCAUUGGUGGGGCCCACCCUCAGAGUGUAAAGCCUGACCCAGAUGCCUUCCCUGAUGGCUUUCCUGUUUCUGUGACUGCUGAGCACACGGAGCUCUCUGCACUAACACCCCUCCCCCAGACUGAUGCGCCCCAAGUUAGAAAACAUGAGAGUGAGGCCCUAGAGUCAGAGCAGGGCAGAGGCAGUGGGAGCUUCAAAAUGUCUAAUGGCAGCAAAACCAAAACUCUCAAGACAAGUAGAAACACAGAAACAAGCAUGCCUUCUGUGAUAACAUAUGGCCAUACAAAACCCUCCGUCAUAGUUCAUGGAACAGCAAUGUCAUCCUCUGUCAUUGUGCAUAGCAACCAGGUUACCCCCGGUGAUAAAAGCCCAGUAAACAGCCCACUCCCUGAAACCAGUAACAGUCAGACUUCUCUGAAAGGCAGCCCUAGAUCUAUCAAAAAGCAGAGGGAUAGUAUAGAUAAUCACAGAAAAAGGUCACGAGACAGUUCAGAUGCCACUGAGGAGGGCUCAAGAAGCAGACAGGAUGCAGAGACAGGCAGAUUAUUUCACAAAUCACGCAAGUCACACAGCAAGAAUGACAUCUCAAACUCAAAGCAGCUCUCAGGAUCUGUAGGGGCACAGGUCAAAGAGGCAGGGCCACUGUGCCAGAUUACUGUACGUAUUGGUGAGGAGGCCAUAGUGAAGCGCAGCAUCUCUGAGACAGACCUUAGAAGAGACAAAAGCCUCUCUCCUCCAAAAACCAAGCGUAGUGAAACAUCAUCUGUGCGGGACAUGAAGGAACCACGCCACUCCCACCACCAUCACCAUAAACACCGCCUCCAAAGUAGAGUCAGCCUGGAAGCAGAGGAGGAUAAGGAAGGAGGAACCUGUCAGGAGGUCAGAAGAAAGAGCUCUAAAUCCCCCGAUGAAGUCAGAGAAUACUACUUCCGUCGGGAGGUGCGUGAGCAGGAGAGUGACCACGACAUGGAGGAUAAUCUAUGGCGACCUUACUACUCCUACAAGCCUAAGAGAAAAACACAAGCACAUCUACAGAGGGUAAAGAGCUGGCAGAGGAAACUGAAAUACAAGCGUUCCAUCCGGCUGAAGAGGAGGGCAGAGAGACUGAAGAAUCUGGUGAAUAAAGAGACAGAGAAGUCACAAGAUGAAGAUGAGGAUAGGACAACUGAGGAGACUGAACAAAUGUCAAAAGCUAUCAGAGACGAGGGAGAAAUGAAAAAGAAAGAUUAUCACUCUGCCCCUUUAAAGGAGAAAAAUAAAGAUGCAGAACAACAGGUUAAGGAGGCCCACCCUGAGGUUUCCUCCCCUCCUCUUAACUCUCCAAAGUCUCCUCUGUCUACCUCAGUGGCUCCUACAGGAAUAAAGAGGCGGCCUUGGACUAAUGGGAAUGCGGCAGAGUGUGGUACUUGUGGCCGCUGGUUCUCAAGCCCCAGGAAGCGAGACAAACACGAGCUGAGCCAUCUGCUGGAGUUUGUAUGCCUCCUCUGUCGAGCCACUUUUCCCUCAAGGGAUAAGUUGGAAGACCACCAGAGAGCCCAGCAUCCCAAGCCUACAGAGCCACCUGCUGUGCCCUCUAAAGUUGCUGAGCAAGUUGAAGGGAUUAAAUCUGUGUCAGAGAUUGCAAAGUAUGAUGAAGACAAGCAGGCAGGUUUAGGAGGGAGUAAUUGUAGUCCAACUCGCUUAAGCAGAAGAGCAUUAUCACGACACACCUGCCCACAGUGUCAUAAGGUGUGCAAGACAUCAUCAGCACUAACUCGCCACAUUCGACGCCAUGAGUUAAGCAGUUCUCCAGAGAGAGAAAAGGAAGAUAAAGACUCAGAGCCAAAAACUUUAGAGACAGUUGUUAACACUCUUAGCACAGACCUAGAAACUGAAAAAAGACAGGUUCCCAGUGCUCUCUCUGUUUCAGUUAUUAGCUAUUCAACGCCAGAGCCACCCAGUAGUGGUGAGUGUUUGGCAUCACAGCAGCAUGAAGACCAUCUCAGUGAACUCACAGAUGAACAUCAAAUGUCUGAAUCCAAUCACAAAGCUGAACUGAAAGAGCACACACUUUCUGCUCCAGACAGAGAGAACAGACCACACAUUGCAGACCCUCCAUUAGAAAGCCCAAUUAACCUUACCCCCAAUAAACAUGAAUUCACUCCUGCCACACCAUCUACUCUCCAGAGUGUGCUUGUCAUGAAUGGACCUGAAUGUCUUGACUACCGUACCCUCAGCAAAAAGAACCUAGACGGCCAAAUCCACAGAAUACCCAGUCCUCUGCAUAUUGUGGCAUCCACCAACAGCUCUCCAAAUGUGUCCAUGACAUCACAGACCAGAAUAACCACUGCUGCUCCUCUUGUUUCCAUGACAACAACUCCCAGCUCUGAGGGGGGACUUAUGAAACGGGAUGGGGUCAUUAUGGACAGAGAGAGGCAAGGUGGGACUGGCAGAUUUCUGCAUGCAGGUUACAGGGAACCACCUCUGGUCCAAGAUCUUAGAGUCCAGUCCAUGUCCAGAAGUCCCUCUCCGAAUGAAGCACAAGACCUGACCAUGUCGUCUAUACUAGCCAGAGAGAGGGAAAUAGAGAGGCAGCGAGAGAAAGACAGGGAGCUGGAGAGACAGAGAGAACAGGGGAGGGAUAAAGAAAUUGAGAAAGAAAGAGAGAAAGAGAUAGAGAGGGCACAGCAAAUCAGUAGAGUUACUCAUGCCCCAGAGGACCAGAUUGCACUCUUGGUUCCUAAAGAGGAGCCCUUGAGCCCUGUACCAUCUCCCCAACAUAUUCCCACUCAAACCACUAUGAAUGGACCCUCUUCACACAGGCACACUCCCAAGUCCCCCUGCCGGUCCCCCUCAACUAUUGGACUGUUAACUCAAGCCAACCGCCAGGUUCAUUCCAGUCCACAAGGACUAGAAAGGCUCACACUGCCCACUGGAGCAGCUGGUGCCGGUGACCGCCCCUCUGCCCAUGCUCUGCUUCUGCCCCGAGCCCCCCAGCCACCUGAGCCAGAGCACCAUGACAAUGUUUCUUCCAGAGAUUCCCAGCCAGGGGAUGCCACUCCAGUGGGCUACUCUUCCCAGGAUUACCCUCUACCCCUCAUUGUGCCGGACACCUACCGCUCCGCUAAAAAGCAGGAGGAAAACCUGCUCAUGUCCUCCUAUCCACCUGGAGCUCUUCCCUUUGGCCCACUGGGAAAAGUGAUGGUCCCUAAUGGCGGGGACCUGGCCAAGCUGCCGUUCUAUUCAGAUCCUUACCAGCUGUUCUAUGGGCCCCAGCUCCUGGCCUACCCCUAUAACUUGGCAGCACUUCCUGUGGCUCUGAAUAUGAUGGCACCUGGAGGAGACAAGGUGGAGCCUCUACCGUUCCUCCCUGCCAUCUUCAACUACGCAGCUACUGCUGGGCCCUACAUGGGUGCAGCCCCUCACCCCCUUGUGGCAAAUCCCGGCCUUUACAGCAGCAGCAGCGGCAGCAGCAGCAAAAAGCAACGAGACAGCAGCAGCAGCAAACCGUAGAACGCAGAACACUACAAGGAAUAUAUUUCAAAGGGGACAGCCUCAUCUGUUUAGGCUGGGAGUGGGAGGGGUGCGUGAUUACUGGGUCACUGAGUACUCUCGCACAGUACACCUGCCUCUCUUUUAUUCAAUACAGAUCAGAGCUAGGCAUUAAAGGAGUAGGUGUGAAGGGAGGAGAAGGAGUAAAGAAACAGGGAGGAGAGGCCAAUAAUAGAGUGACGUAUCAUCACUCCCUUAUCUUUACUCCUGCUCAGCUUUCUCCAUGUCUCUCCUGUCUGCCUGUAGUGUGUUGUAGUUCUAGAGCUUGAUUAAUCUUCCUCUUCGACUCAUUAUAUUAUCUAUAAUAUAAGAAUAAGAACUGCUAACAGGGUUUGUGUUAUGUGAAAAAUUAGUUCAGUCUACUUCCCUUUAUAGUCACCGCAUAACGAGGAUAAACGCUCUUCAGGGAAGGCAUGUGUGGGAAAGGAUAAGAGAUGAGACAGAGGAGUCCAUAUGUGACACAAUUGGAGGUGGAGCAGUAAGCAAUUCAAACCUUGUGUAUUUUUGUAUGAACGAGUUAAAACGCAGGAGAAUCCUGCCGUUAAACUGUCCAUGAAAGUUAUAUAUGAGCAUGUACAUGCACAUGUAUGUACGGAUUUGUGCAUGCAGAGUUGGGCUUAAGCAGGUAUUACUGCAUAUGUGUGAAAGUGUGUGUGUGUGUAUAUGUGUGUGUGUGUGUGUGCACGGUAGUGAUGGAAUAUGAAUGACUAGAUCAUUCCGUGUGUUUGGGACGCACACAGCAUUCCUACUCUAGUUGGAAUCGCUACUGUAGGUCAAUGUGUAGAAGUGCAUUUAGAAGUGAUUCAUCAUAUCCAAAUCAUUAAGAAGUUAAGCUAUGGAUGGAUGUGAGUGUAUGACAAUGACAGAUCAUCUGAGCUUCUAAAGUCUCAACAAGCCUUGUGAAUUUGUGGCCAGAUGACGCUGUAGGAUCUGUAACCUGUAUAGCAUUCACCAUAGUUUAUACCUUAUGUGCACAAAAUAGAAAAGUAGUGGUCACUUAAAGGGGACACUUGUAGCUGCUUCAGAAAUGUAGCUGGCCACUGGGUAAGAAUUCAAGGCUGGUAGACCAUUGCACUUCCGUUUCUCAUCUCAAUUCCUUCACAUAAAAAAAAGGAAAAGAAUAAAAACCAGUCAGCCUUCAUCUUGUGUAGCUUUUUCCUCUUUGAGUGGAAGAUGAAAAGGCUCUAUUUCCUAAGCCAAGAAGAAGAAAGCAACAGCAAAGAAGGAAAAAGAAAAAUGGAUUCAGGGUAUUGUGUUAUUUCUGGAUAGAAAAAAGAAAUAUAUGGGCACAAAACUGUUGGACUUUGAAUCAGAGGGCCCCAUAGAAAUGACGCUGGGGCCUAAAAAUGUUGUCCUACUCCACAACUGAGGGGAAAUUGGAAAAAGUGUGAACUAUAACCCUUCCUGUCCUGUGUCAUUUUACCAAGAGAUAGGAGAAGGCUGAGCUUAGCAGCCAAAGUGGUGGCCGAAACUCUCCAGAUGCCCUCCUGGGGCUUUUUUGUUAUGUGUAAUGUUAUCUCUAUAUGUUUGUUCUGUUACACUAUGUUGUUGUUUAUGUUGUUUAGCCCUCUUACCAGAUGGAAGUGGCUUCAGUGAAAAGAGGGAGUAAACUUAAAAAUAUGAAUGUAAAUUUAGUCAUGAGGUUAAUGAAGUACAGCUGCAUUAAUGAUAUAGUUGGUUUCAGUUCCUUUUUUUUCUGUUUUGACACAAAUAACCUGUUUAAGAACCGUAUAACGUCUGGUAUGCAUAUAUACAGUAGUCCUAGGACCACGUCAGUAAACUUGGGUUCUGUAUCCACAAAAGCAUGAGCAACACUUGCUUCCUAACCGUUUAUAUCCUCAGCAAAUCUGGCAUUGUGCACACAGCUUUUGUUUGUUUGUUCCUUUUUUGUUUUCUGGCCUUUUAAUCUCCCAUGUCUCUGUUAAUACUUUUUUUGAUUAUUGUACACAGUUUGGAAAAAUUCCACGACAUUUGCUGCCACAUUUACAUCUCACAGUCACUAUCUUGGAGCUGUUUAAUUCUCCCUCUCCCCUCAAGCAUACACUCGCUCAGUGCAGCUCUUCCGUAUGAGAUGCAUACUUUUCAUUGUGCGUGCAUGUGUGUGAUGGUACUGGGGCGCCUUUUGGUUUAGGCAGGAGUGUUAAAACACAGUGUGACCGACUGCAGGGGUGCACAGGCAUCACCUCGGGUGUGGUUACAAGCCUUUUGCGUGUUUGGUGUUUUGUGUAUGAGAGUGAGUGACUGUGUGAAUAAGAAAACCAAAAUAAAUCUGCCUAAGCAGCAUAUCCCUUGGCAGUAUAUGGGCCACCUGUUCUUAUGUUUUUUUUAUUUCUGACACUUUUUCUGUGGGUUAGUUUCAAUGUAAAAAAGCCUUGCUGUCUCCAAUACACUAUCUCAAGCCAUUCCUGUAGAUGGACAUGUUUGUGUUUUUGGACCAUUUCUUAUGCCAUAGUUUGCCAUCAUGGUUAUCAUACAAACCAAAAGCAUGCAAAUCGACGUAUUGUAGUGACUGGACUGGAAUCUGGUGGUAAUAUACAACUAUUUACUGUAUGUUUUAGUUUAAAUGAAUGUGCCUCUGCUUUGAUAUUUAAAUAAUUAUCUAUAGUAAGAUGUGGAUCUGCCAGAUUUCAACUGUUAAGGUGCCUUGUUAUGGCAUAAGAAAUUUAAAUAGUAAACAUUUUCUUGAGAAGCGACAUUAUGAUUUGGAGAUAGAUUUCAUGGCUUUGUUUGCUAUGAAGCUGUUCAUAGAUGUAGGAGUGUGGCUAAACUGUUUUGGUAUCGUGUACAUGUCUAGGGUAAUACUGUGCCAUAUAGAGCCCACAAAAUAUGUUAAUGUUAUUUUUAAAAGAUGUUUUAAUGUUGCCUGAUGACUUUGUCUUUAGAUUUGAUACAAAGGCUUGUAGCCACAGCUCUCCCAAAGUCUGUAGUCUCCUUUUCCGACAUCCUUCUUGUCUCUCUCUCUCUCCCUCUCUCCCCUUGUUUCUGUCUCCCUUUCUUUCUCUUUGCUGCAAUCAAACAAAAUAAAGUAUUAACCUGAUGACCCAAUGAAAUCA